UGUUUUGCUAGCCAACAGCACAGGUUGUAUUUCAUUUUUGAAAUGUACCUUUUUUUCCACUACCAGCAACGUCACAGUCGUUGAUGUUACAUUUUUUACAGGACGGAGGGAAACAACAGCAUGAUCCUGUUGUUCCGAAUGUGAUAUUACGAAGUGAAACUUAACGCUCGAGGAAAUACAACGUAGAAAGGGGUAGAAAGAUCUCAAAACAAGAAUUACUCUCGGACAGUGGAGUUCCAGGUUGCAGAGAUAACAAAAUAUUUCUGAACGUACCCCUGGGCUGUUUCUGCGGACGGAAAAGAUCACCUCUCCCUUUGACCAGAAUCCCUAGCUGUUCCAUGUUUGUCAGAAAUGGAAACCAGUAAUAUCACUACAAAUGCAUCACCUGGUUAUGGAGACGUGGUUUCUCCAGAUGUGGAGGAAACUAACAACAGUUUGACGAAAUCAGACACAGGCCACGGAAAAGAAGUCAAUUCACAUAUACAUGAUGCCACUUCAGUGGGCGAUCAAAGUGAGCAGGAGCAAACCAACAGUGGUCCACAAAAUACUACAGGAAUUAGCGCAGAAUCGGAUCAGCAGAGAGCAGCAGAAGCUACAGCAGAUGCGUCUGAAGUAAACACUGUUCUAAAGAAAGAGGACCAGAAUGAUGGCUCAGAAAAGGCAGACAAUGCACAUAUACAUGAUGCCACUUCAAUGGUCAAUCCAAGUGAGCAGGAGCAAACCAACAGUGAUCCAAAAAAUAUGACCGGAAUUAGAGCAGAGAUGGAUCAGAAGAAAGCAGCAGAAGCAACAGCCGAUUCAUCUGAAGUACAUGCUGUUCUAAAGAAAGAGGACCAGAAUGAUGGCUCAGAAAAGGCAGACAAUGCACAUAUACAUGAUGCCACUUCAAUGGUCAAUCCAAGUGAGCAGGAGCAAACCAACAGUGAUCCAAAAAAUAUGACCGGAAUUAGAGCAGAGAUGGAUCAGAAGAAAGCAGCAGAAGCAACAGCCGAUUCAUCUGAAGUACAUGCUGUUCUAAAGAAAGAGGACCAGAAUGAUGGCUCAGAAAAGGCAGACAAUGGUCAGCAGACUCAGGAUUUACCCCAUCUGGAGAAGCAGGCUCGGACCAACAGUGAUUCACAAAAUGUCACAGAUAAAUGUGAUGGACCCGAGCCAACACCUGAAGUUAACCGGUCUCAGUCUUCUUCUGAUGGUGAUGUUGAAUCUACUGCAGCUCAGGCUGCAGAUCGGCAGAUGUCAGAUUUACCCUUAACAAAAGCACCUCAAGUUGACCGGUCUCAGGGUUCUUCUGAUGAUGAUGUGGAACCUACUGCAGCUCAGACUGACGGCCCUGUUUUACCUCCUGGACAAAAAGAUGUAAUAAAAGAAUCAACUUUUACUCCCACUCUUCAAGCAAAGCCGUGUCUUCAAGAUGACUCCAGACCCAAAGAUUUAUCCAGAAAUUUGCCUGUGAUAUUGGCAGUUUUAGUGAUCGCUGUCAUUGGUGGUUUAUUCUGCUUAAAUGGCUCAAGUACACAACCUGACCCAAGGGAGUACAGCAGUGUUGACAUCUUUCGCCUGGAAUUUGACAAGAUGAAAGACAGCUUCCCCAGCCAGAGGGCGGAGCUGUGGAAGCGCAGCAGGAUCCACCUGGAGAGGCACCUGCAGACGGCCGAGCCCACAGAGCCGGUCAGCAUGAUCCUGACCUCGGGGCGCGGGGCCGAGAGGACGCUGCACUGCCUGGCCGGCCGCAUGGCCGCCGCCUUCUCCACAGCCCUCGGGGCCUCCGGGGCCUCCGGGGCCUCCGUCCUCCACGUAGACGGGGCCGCCGCCGCCGCGCUGGAGAGCGACCGGGUCAAGCUGGACAUCGACCAGCGGCUGAGCGGGGCCUUCGAGGGUGACGGGAGGGCGGCGGUCGUCCACCGUUUCGAGGAGCUCCCCCCGGGCUCCACGCUCAUCUUCUACAAGUACUGCGACCACGAGAACGCCGCAUACAAGAAGGUGCUGCUGGUCUUCACCGUGCUGCUGGAGGAGGACGAGCUCGGCCCCCAGCUGGCCCUGAACGCGGUGGAGGAGAUGGUCCAGGAGCGCAUCCAGGACAAGCUCCUCUCCCCGGACCAGCCGGCCUCGUUCGACCGCAUGGACAUGGACAAGCUGAGCGGGCUGUGGAGCCGCAUCUCGCACCUGAUCCUGCCCGUGGCAGCGGAGGAGCGCGUGGAGAGGGAGGGCUGCGAGAGCUGAGGGCCCCCCCCCCCAGCGGUCACGGCCCAAUGCCUGCUAUUCACGCCUCGCGCUCCCCUCGUUCGGGCUCGGUUCAGAACGCGGCGGCAAAGGCUGGGAGACGCUGUGUAAAACGGCCGUGUUCUGGGAAGGAGCCGGUGCAUGCCAGGCACCGGUCCUGGAGAGUCUCUGUUAUUCUGGAUUCCCAUGCUGGAGGGAUGGGAACAGAUUCCGCCUCUGAACUUUUAUCAAGUCGUGUAUUUGAUAACGUGUUUUUUGUACUGUUAUUUUCCCCCUUGUGCGUGUGUUUUUCAGGAGGGCUGCCUGCAACAGGGACCGAAGUGAGCAUACUACCACUGGAAAUAUUUUUUUCAUUUAAUUGCUUUUCAAAAGAAUUUUACAAUAAAACAUAAAACUUAGUAAAUAUAUGUUAAUGAGUUUUAGUCUCAGCCUGACAUUGUCUCAUUGCUUUGACUAGCUUUAAUUCUGUUGAUUUGAGAAAUCAUAAUGAAGACUAUUUUUAUACUGUGUACAUAUCAGUUUUCUUAUGCAUAAUAUAUUUUGCACUGAUUUUGACCCCAGAUGCGUGUUUUAUUUCACUGCAUAAAGCUACACUUUACCAGCAAAUUCUGCAGAUGGAGGCUUGUAAUAAUCUUUCUGAAUGCUGUGUUUUUGUAGUUUUGUUGUAUUUGCUGUGUCAGGUAUUGUAAAUUUGCAGGUAAAGUAUAUUUGCUACAUGACUGAAGAUAUUUAACAGUUCUGCUGUUUAUUGUAGUGCAGUAAAUAAACAGUUAUUGAGAUUUGAGUGAUUUCAGAAAUCUGAAUGUCAGAGUGUUACCUUUUCAGUUUGAUUAGCUGUGUGCUUUGUAUUUACUACAGGGGGCAUGGUGUGAUGGGAAACAUUUACGUUUUAAGCUUAUGGAUUGGCUAUGGAUAAAUCUAAUUAAAAGAAUAGGAAAAUGGACAGAAUGUGACCAAAAAAGGAAGCACAGUUUUGCAUACCUAGCCUGAGGGUAGGUAGAAUGAAUUAUAAUUGACCCUUCUCAAAGUACUGUUAGUGCAUCUUCCAAGUGAUAAGUGCAAAAGGAUCAGUGUCAUCUGAUCUGUGUCUUUAACUGAAGUGUUAAAUGAGUAAAUUAAACUAUAUUGCAGGGAGUUAAAAUACUGCGUGGAGUUCAUUGCAGUAAAAUGUAAAAAAGUACAAGUCUGCUUGAAAAAAAAUUCAACACCCCAGUUUUCCAAUUUAUAUAUAUAUUGGAAAUGUAUUUGCAGCCGACUUCAAUGGAGGGGGAACAGACAAAUGGGAUAUUUUUCUACGUUAGUUUAGAUCUGGUAUUCUAUGUUACCUAAAUUAAGUGGCAAUGACAUUGCAACUGACUGAAGCUUUCCAAGAUAACUUUACUGACUUGCAUAUUUGAUGCCUCAAUUUACACUGAUUAUUUAACUGUUUUACUGAAUCUCUAAACAGUUAACAGCGUUUGGUCAGAAAUCUCUACAUAAUAUGAAACAUUAAUAUCCCAGCCAUGCUAAAAAAAAUACCUGGUGAUUCAUCAGUUGCGCCACAGUUUCCCUCUGUGUUUGUGUGUCAUGGAGUAUUUUACAUUUUUCUAUUUGUCUUAAUUUUAUUCCCUCAUUUAUAAGUGUACUUAUGUUGCUGGCUUUUAUAUAGUCUUACAGAUAACCCUGAAGUUGACUGUGAAUAUGAGGCAAUUUGAAGGUACAGUUUUUACUUUACAAACCUGUGUUCUGUGUUUUUUUGUCAAACCAAACUGAACUAUGCACUGUGCUUUUUUUUUUUUUACCGUGAAUGGGAAGCAUUCCUGGCUUGAAUAAUCACCUCCAAGUCAACUUUAUUAUCGUUUGCUUUUACUUUUGGAAUUUUAUGUUGAUCCCACGUGCAAACAUGCCUACAUUUGGUCCAAUAAAAGAACUAUGGAGGUAACAUCUGAACAUU